CCAGGCCGGAACUCAAGAUGGCUGCGCUCUUGCUGAGACACGUCGGCCGUCGUUGCCUCCGAGCCCACCUUACUACUCAGCUUUGUAUCCGAAAUGCUGCUCCGUUGGGCACCACAGCGAAGGAAGAGAUGGCGCGCUUCUGGAAUAAGAACACGAGUUCCAACCGUCCUCUCUCCCCCCACCUUACUAUCUAUAGAUGGUCUCUUCCUAUGGCAAUGUCCGUUUGCCACCGUGGCUCUGGUAUAGCCUUGAGUGGAGGAGUCUCUCUUUUUGGCCUGUCAGCAUUGCUGCUUCCUGGGAACUUUGAGUCAUAUCUGAUGUUUGUGAAGUCCCUGUGUUUGGGACCAACACUGAUCUACACAGCUAAGUUUGUGCUUGUCUUCCCUCUAAUGUACCACACACUGAAUGGCAUCCGACACUUGAUGUGGGACCUAGGAAAAGGCCUGGCGAUGACCCAGGUCUGGCAGUCUGGAAUGGCGGUCCUGGUUCUUGCUGUGUUGUCCUCUGUUGGGCUGGCAGCCAUGUGAAGAGCUGGAAUUCCCAGCACCACCCUGUACAUUAUCACACUGAUUUCUGUUCCUGUUUCUUACUCUUCCCUCCAGCCACCAAGGUUCUCCUGAUUUGUUCAGAUUCCGCAUGCUUCCCUUGGAGCGCAGUGUAGCCGAAGGAAAGGGUCGUUUUCCCUGGGCCUAGGAGCCUCACUCUGCCCUCACCCCCUCUCUACAGUUGACUGAUUAGUGCUGAGGGUCAGCUUUCUGCUGCUUCGUGCUGAGACGGUGGAAACAAUGCCAGUUCUGUGGCUGCCCUGAGUGCCACUGCCUGUGGGCUGCUGGCUUAAAGGACACUUGUGUUCAUUGGUCAGCUCAGGGCCUGUAGCACCCACACAGCAUGACUGAGAGGAGAGGGGUGGAGGUGGAGCGGAUUGUUCUGCCCAGCUAGAGGGAGAUAAGGAGCACCUUGGAUCUUGGAAGCUUAUGCUUAGGGAAAAGAUAGACGGCUUUGAUGUAUGAGGAAGAGCAAAAAAAAAUUGUAUUAAUUUUCUGUUCUGGUUUUUAUUUCUAGGAAAAUACACCUUUAAUGUUAUAUUUUCUAAUCUAAAUUCAUAUGCCAUCUUUCUUUGGAAAUGAUUAAAGUACUAUUCAUUUUA